AGGCGAUACUGUACACACUCAUAAUGUAAAACAGUUACGUAAGAUAUAUAACAGUGUUUGUAGUGGACUGUAUUUUCAGUCACUUUAACUUUAGAAGGUUCAAAUUCAUUUAUAAACAUGGGAGGUCAUGGUCAUGGUCAUGGACCACCAUACGUAGUCCCAAGUCCUAAUAUCUACAAGGUAGAGGAUGUACCACAAUUGGUACGUGUUCAACAACGAUUGGCUGAGAAAGGACUUAAGGAUCCAUGGUUGAGAAAUGAAGUGUGGCGUUAUACAACUUUACCAGGAACUCCUCUAACUAGAGCAUUGAGAGUAUUUCUUAGGGGUGCUAGAUUUGGAAUUCCAACUUUUAUAGUAGUAGUAUCUAUAGAAAAUUAUCUUGGAGCUGGUGACCAUGGACAUGGAAAUGGUGAUCAUCAUUAAUAUUAUUUAGAAAAACAUUCUAUAUAUAUAUACAUAGUAAGAUAAAAUAGUAUCACUCUUAUUGUAUACAUUGUAUAUUAAAAAUAAAUUACAAUUUAAAAGUUAAA